GCACCAUACUAUACAAACUCAUCUCAACUCAACUCACCAAGAAACGAAACAGGAUGGUCGCUCAUAGCGCAGCGACCGUAGAGAAUAAACACGAUUUCGAGUUGCUCUGGCACCGUCACGGUCCCAGAGGCCACCUCUUCAUGCCUGCCGGCUACGAGCCAUUCGCCUUCCGGCCGGGUGGCCAAGCGGGGUCUAUUUGGAAUUACUUUCACGAGAUGCCUCAGGAUUCUCCCGCUAUCCCCACCCCAGCCAAUGCCCCUAGAGACACCGACCUCCUGGGAUUAACCUUUCGCACAUCUGAGACCAACAACGCCCAUCUGGUUGAGGGCGAACUGUGAGUCCUUCCUCCUACUUCCUUUUGUAGUGCAUUUCUCUCCGUACAGUUUCAAUAGCCUAAUAGAAGUAGAGAUGAGAACAACCCCAAUCACUCCAUCACCUACCCUCUUACUUCUACUCCUUCAAAUGAGGAAGACGAGAUGGAAGGAUGGGAGCCGUAUGGCUCAGAUAAUUCCGGGGUGAGUAGCGCUGGUACCACCCAGGGCGAGGAGAUCGGGACUAAGAAUAUUAAGGAUGACGAGGACGACCGCGGGGAGACCCAGGACGCUGAGGCUGAGGUCAAGAGCAAGUCUCGUGAGGUCACUGAAGCAGAGACCGAGGACCAGUCUGGCUGGGGAGGACUCGACAGAUACGAACCCAGAGCCAUCUAA